AUGUCUCGUCUUCCUGCCAUUCUCAGCCCCUCCGAGGAGGACAUUCAGCUCUUGUUGAGUGCUCAGUGCCACAUUGGUGCCAAGAACGUCACUGCCCGCAUGACUCCUUAUGUCUACAAGCGCCGUGCUGAUGGCAUCAACUUGAUCAACCUUGGUAAGACCUGGGAGAAGCUUAUCUUUGCUGCUCGUGUCAUUGCCGCCAUCGAGAACCCCCAGGACAUUGUUGUCAUCUCGGCUCGUCCCUAUGGUCACCGUGCUGCCUUGAAGUUCGCCAAGUACAUUGGUGCUGAAGCUAUUGUUGGUCGUUUCACCCCUGGUACCUUCACUAACUACAACACCCGUUCUUUCCGUGAACCCCGUCUCAUCAUCUGUACCGAUCCUCGUUCGGACUUCCAGGCCAUCAAGGAAGCUUCCUACGUCAACAUCCCCGUCAUCUCUCUUGCUGACACUGAUGCUCUUCUUCAGUUCGUUGACGUUGCCAUCCCUACCAACAACAAGGGUAAGCACGCUCUUGGUUUGAUCUACUGGUUGUUGGCCCGUGCCGUCCUCCGUCUUCGUGGUACCCUCGACUACGCCACCGCCUGGGACGUGAUGGUCGAUAUGUUCUUCUACCGCGAUCCCGAGGAGAUCGAAAAGGAGCAGGAGGCUGCUGCUUUGGAAGAAGCUGGUGAAUUCUCCGCCACCGAACCCGCCACUGGUGACUGGGCCGUUGAAGGUGAAGCUGCCGAUGUCGCUGGCGUCGCUGCCGACUGGAGCGCUACCCAGGCCACUGCUGACUGGGCUGAGGAUGCCGCUCCCGCCGCCAACUCUUCCUGGGAAGCUUAAAUUCUUGUGGAAAAAUCUCCAUAGACAUCCUAGAUUGUAAUCUAUAAAACAUCAAAACGCGCUCAUCCAUUGUUACUUUUACAUAAUAUACGAUUUGCGCGAAAAAAGAUAAUGGCGAAAAAAAAAGAGACAGUCCAAUCGAUAUGUGUUUAUGAGCAUCGCAUUUUGGAGCGAACACUUUAUCUUAGACCUCGGGCUAAGAAAGGAAGGGUGCGAUUCAAGAAUUGGCUGGCGGAAGCCAUGUCGACAAACAGAUCUUUUUUGUCAGUGAUUCUUGCGAAAUAACAAUGGUGUGAUAUCAAUGGAUGGAAAUUAUCAUCCCAUUCACAAGGACAAAAAUGCCUAUUAUAAAUUGCAG